UGCUUGGAAUUCGUGUUUAAUCAGCCUAUGACACGAACGAAAAAGCACCCAAUACAAACACGUACCGUAGCGAUCAGGCAAGCGUCGAAGCAUAACUCCCCCACUGAUUUCUUGCGUUCCCAAAUGCUUUUCUGUUACAAAAUCAAAAUGGAGGAUGAUGAAGACGACGACCUAUGAUAUCUUCUGGUGAUUCAGUUCAUCAAGUUCAUAUUAAAUCAAGCGUUCUUCAUAUUCAAUGAUGGAGGAGAAGACGGAUUUGGUGAAGCCUGUGUUGUUCAAAUUUGGUGUUGUUCUGGCUAUCUCUUUUGCUAGUUUUAUGUAUUCCCGCUUUAGAAUCAGGAACAAAAGACCUUCUCUGGCUCCUCCCUCCUCCAGUUCUUCAGAUGAAUGGCGUAAUAAUAAAGUUGAGUUGGGAAGAGGAAGAGGCCAUAAACUUGAUGAUCAAACGAUGAAGGUAGCUACAGCAGCAUCCUCUAAUGCUAUUAUUCUUGCAGCUGAUGCCUAUGAAGAAAUGUGUAUUCAGAAAGCCAAUGGUGAUGAUUCAAGUGCUGGUUUCUCCACUGGAAAUGAUCACAUUGUAGAUGAAGAAGGGUUGCUUCUCCCAGAGUUCCAGGAACUUGUCAAGCAAUUUGAUCUUUCUGCAGCAAAUGCUGGGUUUUCUCCUAAGAAAAAUGCUGGAGCACUGAGGUUGGGGAUCGAAACUCCGAAAGCUUAUAAAAGGGUCGAGUCGGAUGGAUAUGAACAUGAGAUCAAACACCUGAAAAGCAAGGUGAAAAUGCUUCGAGAAAGGGAGAGAAAUCUUGAGGUUCAGCUACUUGAAUAUUAUGGUCUGAAAGAGCAAGAAACUGCUGUCAUGGAGCUCCAAAAUAGACUGAAGAUUAACAACAUGGAGGCUAAACUUUUCACUCUGAAGAUUGAGUCCCUUCAGGCGGAUAAUCGACGAUUAGAAUCACAAGUUUCCGACCAAGCAAAAUCAGCAUCCGACCUCGAGGCUGCAAGAACAACAAUUAAGUUUCUCAAGAAAAAACUUAGACAUGAAGCAGAACAGAACAGGGAACAGAUCGUAAAUCUUCAGCAAAGAGUUACUAAGCUGCUUGACCAAGAAUGUAAGAUAAAUGAAAGCACUAAAAAUGACCAAAUCAAGCUGCAAAAUAUUGAAGAUUUGGAGAAAGAGAUCGAGGAGCUAAAGAAGGCGAAUUCGAGAUUGCAAAAAGAAAAUUCUGAUCUCGGUCGGAGACUAGAUGCUACUCAGUUUCUUGCAAAUUCUAUCUUGGAAGACCAAGAAAAAGAAUCACUUAAAGAAGAAAGGGACCGUUUCGCACAAGAAAACGAGACGUUGACGAAGGAAAUCGAGCAGCUUCAAGCUCACCGUUGUGCAGAUGUUGAAGAGCUAGUCUAUCUCCGUUGGAUUAAUGCUUGCUUAAGAUAUGAACUGCGGAAUUUUCAGCCUGCAGCAGGGAAAACAGCAGCAAGAGACCUAAGCAAAACAUUAAGUCCCAAAUCCGAGCAUAAAGCGAAGAAGCUCAUACUCGAAUACGCAAAUACAGAAGGAAUUGAAGGGAAGAGCAUUAACCUUACGGAUUUUGAUUCAGAUCAGUGGUCAUCCUCGCAAGCUUCCUCUCAUACCGAUCCUGGAGAUUUGGAUUAUUCAGCUGUUGAUUCUCGGUUAACAGCCAAACCAAGUUCAAACAAAAUCAAAUUCAUGAGUAAACUCAGGAGUCUCUUGAGGGGAAAAAGUAAUCAACAGAGCUCGGCUUUGUUACCAGAAAAAUCUGCAGCAGCUGUAGGAGAUGUUGAUUCUCCACGUUACAGUUCAAGUCAUUCUACUGGGACCAACGCUACUCGAGCCGAUGGACAUGGUACUGGAUAUACAACUCCAUCUCAGAAUUCAUCAAGACGUUCAAUGGAUUUUCACAGGUUGAAUAGCCAAAAGGAAGACGACGUAAAAACUGAGGAUUCCCUUAGAAGGAACAGUGAUGUUGGCUACAUUAACAAGAGAUUUGUUUCAGGCAGUGACCGAUCGAGCAAUUCGUUGUAUAGAUCUUCAAGUCAGGAAACAGAAUCAACUGACAAGUCUGAGAAGUCCGAGUUGUUGAAAUAUGCUGAAGUGUUGAAAAACAGCAGGGGAGAUAAGAACCAAUCUCGCCGGAAGGUUGCACCCAUGUGUUCAAUUUAAACAUCGGAAAGCUUGUCUAGCUUUCAAUGGAGUCAUCACCUGUUCCUACACAGUAUUUUCUUGAGGGGCUCAGUAGUUAGUGCUAAUAUACCAUACUGUUCAUAAAACCUGCUAAUGUAAUACAAUACUGUUCAUGUGGAAACUUUGUAACAUAAAUAACUGAAUGUUGUGAUGUUA